AUGAUGACAUAUCACCAGCACGAUGCGAUUACCAUCGCCAGCAGCAGUGCGGCAGUGACAGGAAUAGCCGAAGGAUGCUCGGCAGAGACGACUUACCAAGGAGAACAUCGAGUAGUCCACAUCGCGACGCCGGGUGCGCCUCCGCCCUGGCUAGAGGACGAGGAACAGGGGGAGGAGCAGCGGGCUACGAUAGCUGAGCUCGUCUCUCACUUCGGCGCUGUCAGUCGAGAACGUGGGGUAGAGCUGGUCAAGUUUGGCAGCGUCUACAUCGGCGAGGUGGUCGACACCAACUGGAGACACCCGCCCAGCAAGGAGAAGCAGAUGACGAUCGCAGCCGCGAGGAAAAAGGCUCUGAAGUCUGCCGACCAGGCGCCAUUUCGCGGUACUUCGUUCGAGCACAUGAGGCUGCGGCGUCUGCACCCCUGGGAGAGCGGCAACUUCCCGCCCCACGGUGCUUAUCUCCGGGUGCACUGCGACCCCCGGACUUUCCCGGCGUCGCAGGUCAUGGACUGGAGCAAGCGGAUCGUGCACAAGAACGAAGACUUCGUGGUCGUCGACAAGCCCGCGGGGGUGCCGACGGUCCCGACCAUCGACAACGGCGUGCAGAAUUGCGUGUUCCAGGCAAGCCUGGCGGUCGCGGGCAUGCCCCCCGGGUCGCGGUCUCUACCCCCGCCUCUGCACGCGGUGUCGCGGCUGGACGUCUGCACGUCAGGGAUCGUCGUCUUCGCGAGGCACAAGGAGGCCGCGAAGCAGCUGAACGAGCUGUUCCGCGCCAGGCGGGUCAAGAAGCGGUACCUGGCCCUCCUCACCCCGGGCCCGGCCGUUCCGACGGGUUCGAUGGCCCACUGCUGCCGUUCCAAGGCCUUCGACGGGUCUCGCCGGCCGAGGAUAUACGCCGACUUCGACGAGGAGCUUCUCGCGGGCGACAAGUGGGGGGGCGCGUGGCAAGAGGCGAGGUCGACGGUCCUGCUCUGCGCCCCCGCCACCGGCUCGGCGAGCGCCGUCGCGGUGGCGGAGGACCGCGAGCGGGCGGAGGCAGCCGCGAGAGCCCUGGAAGAAUCGGCGGCCGGCGCGGCGGCGAGACUGGAGGCAGAGCUGGCGGCGGGGUUGGGGCUUGGUUCGGGGUCUUCGCCGGAAGAAAUUGAGGCGGCGGCGCGAGGAGGAGAGGGACGAGAGGAGGAGGACGGAAGCACCGCUCCCGAUGCGGAAGCAACCACGGCGGCAGAAGCAGCACGGGAAGAAGGGGACCAUGCCCCCCACCUCUGCGCCAUGGAGCUCGAGACGGGUCGGACGCACCAGCUGCGGUUGCAGCUGGCGGCGAUGGGGUCGGCCAUCGUGGGCGAUACUCGAUAUCGCGGCGUCGUGGGGCGCGUGCACCGGGGGUUGAGGGUAGACGACGACACGUCUAGGUUUGGGCAGGAGCCGGAGGCGAUCGCGCUGCAGGCUGCGCGAAUAGAGUUCGAAUGGCAAGGUAGAACGGUCGUGUUCUCAACGGACCGUCCAUCAUGGGCCCUGUAA